GAGCAAGGGAGGGUUUAUCGGGCGGCCGAUUUUGAUUAAAAUAUUCAAAAUGGCGGACGGAGGAGCAGCGAGUCAAGAUGAGAGUUCGGCGGCGGCGGUGGCGGCAGACUCAAGAAUGAACACUCCGUCAGAAACCAGUAAACCUGUAAAAAUGGAGAGUGGUGAUGGGGACACAGGCACACAGACAAAUGGCCUGGACUUUCAGAAACAGACUGUGCCUGCCGCGGGGGCAAUAUCUACAGCCCAGGCCUUCCUUGGACACCUUCAUCAGGUUCAGCUCCCUGGAUCAAGUUUACAGGCUGCUGCCCAGUCCUUAAAUGUACAGUCUAAACCUAAUGAAGAAUCUGGGGACAGUCAGCAGCCAAGCCAGCCUUCCCAGCAGCCUUCAGUACAGGCGGCCAUACCCCAGACCCAGCUCAUGCUGGCCGGAGGACAGAUCACUGGGCUCACGUUAACACCAGCCCAGCAGCAAUUAUUGAUACAACAGGCACAGGCACAGUUGCUGGCUGCUGCAGUGCAGCAUUCAGCCAGUCAGCAGCACAAUGCUGCAGGCGCCACCAUCUCAGCUUCUGCUGCAACGCCCAUGACACAAAUCCCUCUAUCUCAACCGAUACAAAUUGCACAGGAUUUGCAGCACCUGCAGCAGCUCCAACAACAGAAUCUCAACCUGCAACAGUUUGUGUUGGUGCAUCCAACAACCAACUUGCAACCAGCACAGUUCAUCAUCUCACAGACGCCGCAGGGGCAGCAGGCUGCCGCACACUGGGUCGGGUCAACAUCUUCAUCGAGUUACCCUCUACAACCUCAAGGUCUCAUUCCUGGUCUCCUGCAAGCGCAGAAUCUCUUAACGCAACUACCUCAGCAAAGCCAAGCCAACCUCCUGCAGUCUCAGCCAAGCAUCACUUUCACUUCUCAGCAGCCAGCAACCCCAACACGCACAAUAGCAGCGACCCCUAUUCAGCCACUUCCACAGAGCCAGUCAACACCAAAGCGAAUUGAUACCCCCAGCUUGGAAGAGCCCAGUGAUCUUGAGGAGCUUGAGCAAUUUGCCAAGACUUUCAAACAAAGACGGAUCAAACUUGGAUUCACUCAGGGUGAUGUUGGGCUCGCUAUGGGUAAACUCUAUGGAAAUGACUUCAGUCAAACUACUAUCUCUCGCUUUGAAGCCUUGAACCUCAGCUUUAAGAACAUGUGCAAGUUAAAACCACUUCUGGAAAAGUGGCUCAAUGAUGCAGAAAACCUCUCAUCAGAUUCAGCUCUCUCCAGCCCAAGUGCCCUGAAUUCCCCAGGGCUGGGGAUUGAGGGCUUGAACCGCAGGAGGAAGAAACGCACCAGCAUAGAGACCAACAUACGUGUGGCCUUAGAGAAGAGUUUCCUGGAGAACCAAAAGCCUACCUCGGAAGAGAUCACCAUGAUAGCUGACCAGCUGAACAUGGAGAAAGAGGUGAUCCGCGUUUGGUUCUGUAACCGGCGCCAGAAGGAGAAAAGGAUUAACCCACCGAGUAGUGGUGGAACCAGCAGCUCGCCCAUCAAAGCAAUUUUCCCUUGCCCAACUUCAUUGGUGGCAACCACACCAAGCCUUGUGACAAGCAGUGCAGCUACAACCCUGACUGUCAACCCUGUGCUCCCUCUAACCAGCGCGGCAGUAACUAGUUUGGCAGUCACAGGCACCACAGAAACCAUCCCCAACAACACAGCGACUGUGAUUUCUACCGCACCCCCAGCUUCCUCAGCAGUGACAUCGCCCUCCCUGAGUCCCUCUCCUUCUGCCUCCGCUUCCACUUCUGAGGCAUCGAGUGCCAGUGAGACCAGCACAACACAGACAACCUCCACCCCCAUGUCCUCAGCAAUUGGGACCAGCCAGGUGAUGGUAACUGCUUCUGGGUUGCAAACAGCAGCAGCGGCACUCCAAGGAGCUGCACAGUUGCCUGCAAAUGCAAGUCUUGCUGCCAUGGCAGCAGCAGCAGGACUAAAUCCAGGCUUGAUGGCAUCCUCACAGUUUGCAGCUGGAGGUGCCUUACUCAGUCUCAAUCCAGGGACACUAGGCGGUGCUCUCAGCCCAGCUCUGAUGAGUAACAGCACUCUGGCAACUAUUCAAGCUCUUGCAUCUGGUGGCUCUCUUCCAAUAACAUCACUGGAUGCAACUGGGAAUUUGGUAUUUGCCAAUGCUGGAGGUACGCCGAACAUCGUCACUGCCCCUCUGUUCCUGAACCCUCAGAACCUUUCACUGCUCACCAGCAACCCAGUUAGCUUGGUCUCUGCAGCUGCAGCCUCCGCAGGGGCCUCUGGACCAGUUGCCAGCCUUCAUGCCACCUCCACCUCAGCAGAGUCUAUCCAGAACUCUCUCUUCACCGUGGCCUCGGCCAGCGGGGCUGCCUCCACCACUACUACUGCCUCCAAGGCGCAGUGAGUUGGACUGAGCUGUGCUUACCCAUAGCCUAUUUUACUCUGCAGUGAGAUGGGCUGCCAGCUGGGUUUACAAACUGCAAAAUGUGAUUGGUUUCCUCUCACCGUGUUGCUGGGGACAAGGGAGAGAAGGAAAAAUACAAAAGGAAAAAAAAAACCAAGAAGAAGGAUUUAAAACUGGGACAAACAUUUGCCUAAUUUUAUAAUAAACACUGUCUUUUCAGGAUUGCUUCAUUGACUGGAGAACUUUCUAACCAAAAAUGUAUAAAACAAAAAAGGACUACUUAUCAUUUCCAGCAGUAUCAAUGACAAGUUAAGGUGGGUUAUCAACUCAAACGUAGGAAUGGGAUUUCUUCUUUCUUUUUGAUCUAAAUAUCUUUUUUUAAUUAUCAUUUAUUGGUCUGUUGUACAGGCCAUAAUGUCAUACAAGGUGUUUAUAAUCUUAUCAAUCGUGUUGGGGGUUCCUUUCUUAACUGGUACAAUUUAGGCAGGCCUGUAUUACUGAUGUAUCUCUUUAUGAUUAUUAUUAUUAUUUUUAUAAAUAUAUAUAUAUAUAUAGUUCGGACACAUUUGUCUGCUCCUGGAACAGUUUCAGUGAGCUCCCAUGCCACACAGAGGGAGGAGCAAAGAGAGGGAAGCAUGUGAAUUGCGAAUGUUCUUUAGUUUCCUUUUCCCUGGCGGUAUGUUUUUCGGGAUUCUCUCAGAAGUGUUGGCGGCUAAGUGAACAUACAGAGGGUAAUGUGCAAAGAUAGUCCAUGCUUGUGAGAUGGGCGCUCUGAUUGGACAGCUGUUUGCUCAGCACACUUGGGCCAAAUCUAGCUCUCAUUUGCACGUCUUUGGCUCCUGUUGAUGCCAAGGGAGGAAGGAUUUGGCCCAUAGGUUCUGUCUUCAGCAUCUGUGCUGGCCACUGUCUUGUCUCAUAAUUGCAUGGAAAUGGCCACUUUACAACUGGGAAUAUUUCUGUUAUUUACUUUCUCAGGAGGCUGCCUGUAUUGGUGAUAAUUCAUAUGCAUUCGUUGAACCUUCCUACCAGCUGUUUGGCAUAGGAUUUCUGAACGCUGCAUUGGUUCAUCUCUAAGAACUUACUUUUUCCAGUGUCUCCAAUAUGAUUGUACUGAAAAUGUUUUCAACUUAAAACAUUUCUAUUCCAGAAGUAAACUAGGUCAUGUGAACAAGUACUGUUUUAUGCCAACACAGCAGAGCGUGCUCCAUUCUAAAUAGUUUGUAAUGUUCUUUGACACUGUUCACUGCUCUGGAAAAAGUUGGUAAGGAAUUCUCGGAAAGCUGACCAGCGUGCCGUGGAGAGUGUUGUCUUUCUGGUGAACACUGGCAUGUUGCAUGCGUCUUGCAAUAUUUCAUGCUAUUUCUGGGUGAUGCUGCUGCUAGCUAGAUCAUUUAUGGCAGUAAUAAACACCUCUACUAGAGAGGGGGAAAUGUUUCCAAGCAACGUAACAAGUGGUAUGCGCAAACAGCUGCUGACAAUGGAUGAGAGAGAGACUGAAGAGACAAAGAUGAACUUAAAUGUUAUGCUGGUCUGAAUCUAAAUUUUUUUUGCUGAGAAGAGAUUGGAUGACUGCAAUGUACUUGGAACUCUCCAAUCUCUUUUUAAGGUGAAUUGAAAAAUAUCUUCAAGAAGGAGGAGCUGCCCAGUUUUUCUCUUCACUAAGCCUGGGGAGAAGGGGAGUUCUAACACUCAUGUAAUUAUAUUGCAUUUCAUGCCAAAGGUAAUUAUUUAACCUCUCAUCACCUGAUAUCCUUUAUCACCUGAUAUCAUAAUGGCAGUAACUUUAUUCUCACUUCCUUCUCUGGCUGCUGAUCCCAAUUCAGAGAGCUGGCAUUAAUGCUCAACUAGCAGAAAUCUUUGUCUCUUCCUGCAUACCGUCAUGCUGUUUGCUCUCUGUUCGUCUCUGAAUUUCCAACUUCCUGUUUCACAAGCUAUUUAAAAAUAAUGAAUUCUUCCUAAAACUUUAAAAACUUGUGAACUCUAAGCAGGGAAGUGAGCAAAUGUCCGUCCACCGUCUUAUGUGUGUUUGAUUUUUUUUAAUGUUUUAUUUUUUUUAAAACUAAGCUUGAACCAAAGUCAAUUUCUAGCAAGCUGCUGUACUAAUGGACUAGUUUGUAUAAGUGCAGUUCAGAUGCAGAGAGGUGAUAGAUGCUACUGACAAUUUCUUUUCAUUUUUUAUUUUAUAUAAAAAUUGCUGCUUGUUUUAAUCUUUUUUGGGGGGUGGGGGUGGUCUUUUAUAUAUCCUUGGGGCAGACAAAAUCUCAACUUGAUUAUUAUCUACUUUCCGUGGUUUGGUGUGUAAAUAGAAUGGCAAUGGCAGAUGGUUACUAAUUCAACUGUUCCCACAUCCUCCUUAGCAGUUUGGCUCAAUCUAUAUACUGUGGUGUGACUGUCUCCAUGAUUUCAGUCUCAGUUUAAAAAUAUAGGGCUAUGAAUAAUACUGUGUGUUAAGGUUUUAAGUGGCCCAUAGCAACAGCUUGGAGCAGUCAAAUGUAUGAAAGGAUGGCAGAGGAGAGACAGGUACCCACUAUGUUGGUCUCAAGGCCAUAGUGUUGACUAGUUUCUACCAAAGGAAAUAUCAAUCCCAUGGAUUUUUUUUUUUUUUUUUUUUGUCCAUUGAAAUUAAUUUGUGUUUUUUGGCGCGCACACAUCCAUACGUAUAUAUUUUAAUAGAGGAGAUGGUGAUGACUUCUGAACUGUGGCAUUUAUUUAGCUAUGAAUUUCAAACAUCAAGGAGGAAAUAAGCCCUUCAUAUUUAUGUACAAAAAAUAAAGAGAACACAGCCCUGUAAAUCGCCCCAAAACUCUCAAGGAUUAAGAGAAGCUGUUUAUUCAGUUAACUGGCUGCCUCUUCUUGGGUUCACUGUUUGCAGUUAGAGGACAUGAUGAAUCUGGAACACUAAUAUAGCUCAGAUGAUGGCCAUAAAAAUCUUGCUGUAGUAUUCACAGUAUUCACAUAUUGUUGGUGUGAGCACCUUUAAUCUUUAUUUCUCUUAGAUUCAUGCCACGGCCACACUACUAGCAGAUUUCACAGCAGGUUCUGGUGAAAGAAACUGGAAGCUCAAAAAACAUGCAGCUAAAAUGCUUUAGUUGAAUUGUAUUCAUCCUAUUUUACAUAUUCCAUUCCUCAUAUCGCUCAUACCUAAUGCAUUGAUGCUUGUUCACAGCAGCACAGAGAUACCAGGUUCUGAAUAGCUGUCACUAUUUCGUGUUGAUCUUGGCUUUAUAUUUCACAUGGCCAUAUUCACACACACACACACACACACACACCCCUCUUCCCAUUAUAGAGCAGCCAGCCCCAACCUGGUGCCCUCCAGAAUACCAUUGCCAUCAGUCCUAGUUGUUCUGGAAGAAAGGCUGUUCUAGAGAGAUGGAUAAUCAGCUUCUGCAAUACACACUUCAACAGAAAAUCAGAUCCAGAUAAUUGGGGAAUCUGCCCUGGACCCUCACUGUUAGAAUACAUUUCUCUUACCACAAAGUUACAAGGAUAAUCACAAAAGUCAUGAACGUUCUGGUAUAGUGAAAAUUUUCUGGUCACUACCAAGGCCAUUCCUGUAAUCCAAAACACUGUGUGAUACCUGUGUCCCUAAUAUCCAGUACUAACCAUUCUUCCAUUACUGCAUUAGUUGAACAAAUUAGUCCAGCAUUCCAGUGUUGAUUUUAGAUUGUUGAUUUUAUUUUCAUUUUUUCAGUCAUGGGUUAUUAGGCUGUCAUUUCAUUUCACACAGUUUCAGAUCUGUUUAAUAGGCCAAAGUCUGAAACGUUUGCUUGCAAACUUGAGAGAUUUCAGUACACCUUUUAUUACCAAAAAGGAAAGGAGUAGGUUAAUCCUCGUACCUGCAGUUUCCACAGUUGCAGGUUACUUACGAAAAUGGCAGAGUUCAGUCCGUGUCCCUUUCAGAUGAGUUGGAAUGUUUCUAUUGAUUUUAGAGAAGCCAGAGUGUCAGAACCUUAUUGGGUGCAAAUACUACUUCCUUGAAAGGUGUGAAAAAUGGGGAUAUAUUGAGCAGACAAACCAUUGGCAGAUGAGUUAAAACAUCUAUUCAAGUUACCUAAGUUGUGUGCACUUAGGGCCAGUGUGGACACUUUCUGUUGUAGGAGAGUUGUUCUUCCAGCUGAAUACAUAGCUUAUCAUACUGAUGGACAAACUCACAAGGUUAAUAAUUUCAAAGUAAAGUUGUUCUUCCACACCUUUUUGAAUCUGCCCAUAUAUACCAAUUUGCACAUUACAUAUUCCCAUGUAUGAGGCUCACACAUACGAGUAAUGUCUGAAUGUGCCCUUACUUUGCAGUGUGUGUAGAUAUAAUAGACCGCUUCCUUUGUAAGGUUUGUGCUUAUGAAGUGUUAUAAAUGUAAACUAUGUGUGAUACUCAACUAUGCUUUACCCAGAGUAGGCCCAUUGAAAUUAAUGGACCUAAUGUAGUCGUUGUCCUUAAUUUCAGUGCAUCUACUCUGCAUAAAAUUAGUUGAGUACCACCCUAUAUCUCUACAUUAUUUUGCCAUCUUGAGAAUGUAUAACUGCUCCAUAUAUCUGUGUCAGGGUUGGUGGAUGGGAGGUUAUCCAAUAAUUCUGCAGGUCCAAGCAAGUCUUCCAGGCAGUCUAGCAUCUCAACCUUCACUUGAGUGAUAGAUUGCUAAGACUGAAGAGCAAAGGCUGAGACAACGGUUAUAUAAGGUAGGGUGGAGUCUUAUUGGCUCUUUGGGUCACCUUAUUAUGACCAUUUGUAGUGCCAGAGCAGCAGAGAUCAGCCCAACUGUUCAUUCUUCCUGCAUGCUGCCCCACUAGCACCGGCAGUAAGAUGUCUGGGCCAUGAAUUAGUUUACCUUGGAGAUAAGCAAGCAUGCCUAAUGUAGGAAUUGUCAUUAACCCAGGGCACUCAGGAGUACCAGUGCAGUGGAUUACAACAUAUGACAGAAAUGAGAUGGAGACAAUUUCUCAUAAAAGGGGGGAUCUGAAAAGUUUUUGCUGUUUUUCCCACCAGCCACCUAAAUAAACAUGCCACGUGAAUGUGAAUGGACAGUGGUCAUUUAAUGUCACUUCCCCUGAUGUAUAGAGUUGGAUCAGAUGUAAUACUCCCAAUAUCUUAACCCUGACUAAGGAAGGUGGGCUGCAGGAUCCCUGCGUUCAUGUUAACCAUGGCUCAGGUGAGUGCCAGCACAGACAUUAACCGUGUUUAAGGCUGACAGAAAGAGGGUAGGGAAAUUGCAGUCCUACAACCUGCUCUGCACUAAGUCUGUACCUGCUCAGAAACAUUACAGAGUUGCUUUACAAUGACAUGAUAUUUAUGUGAGUUACCAGAACCCUGAUGCCUGAGCCUGUGUAUAAACAAGGCUAGGAAAAGCUACAAACGUGAUGUUAUAAAAAUGGGUCGCCUGGGUGUCCUGUGAUGGAAAAGCAGCUGUGAAUGAUGAAUCCAUGCUAUAUUUUAAAAAUAACUCCUAAGCUUCAAUUGCCAAGGAAAAUACCUGAUAGGUUAAGUUUAGUUUUAUGUUGAUUGUCAUCUAAGACAUUUUUACUGGAUAAGUUCAACCAAAGAUGUUAUUGAUUGAAGUUAUAAAGGAAGAACAGAAGUACUUAUUGCUGAAUUUCCGGUGCCAGAAACCAGGCUUAAGAGUCCAUUGUUGCCUUAUCUCCUUCCCUUCCCUAUUUCAGUUGUAUAUUAUGUGGGGUUAGGUUGGUAAUAUCAUGCUUUAACUGUCUUUUUAAUUGCUGUUCUAAAAACCUUGGAAGAAUGUAGGCUGCCCAUUACAAGAUAAAGACUGUAUUUUAUUUGCUACCACACUGAUGGCUUAUUUCAGUUACUGGAUGUUGGGCUAUACUGCAGCCUAAGCAAAGACUGGCUCUGAUGCAGUGUUUGGCACCUGAGGUGGAGGGCUCAUGUGAUUUUUGCAUGGGGAUUUAUUUAUGUUCAGGAUCUAGUAGGAACUUUGUGAGAUCACAUUCAAAAUGAACAUAUUUGCAUCAAAUAUUACAUAGGAACUGUGAGCACUGAACAGAUAACACAUAGAUUCAUUCAUUCAUUCUUGUAAGUGAUAAGAUGUGGGAAAAUAUCGCUCAAGUCUUGCUUUAUGAACAUUUUCCCCAAUUUAAAUGUAAUCUUGCACUGGUUCCACUGUGGGGCCAUACAGUUAUGUUUGGGGUUUGAGCUGCAGGGGCAGUUAGCAUCACAAGGAUGCAAAAUCCACUAACUGACUUGAUUAGUGUUUGGUAUAAUUAAAGCUUUUGCUAUGGCCUUGUUGCUUUUGGAGCCACACAAGUGUAGCAGCUAUAUUUACCAUACAAGUUCCUUUAUUAACCUUUCAGACGACACUUUUGUUACGUAGAAUUAUUUAACAAUAUCUUAUCGAUGGCUAUAUUUUUCAGUAACAUAAUUUCUUGUAAUGGAAGUGCACAUUUAGGCAGAUGCAUCAUUUCAUCAUAUUCAUGCUGUUAAUGACCUUUUUUAAAAAAAACAACAUCCCACGUAGAAGUCUCUCUUCUGCUUUGAACAUGUAAUCCUUUCUCUCUGACAUUAGGAGUAUGUUUAUGCUCGAUCUGUAUGUGCCUACAUGCACUUUUUAGAAGAUGAAUUCUAAAAGGGUUCUAGAGGUUCAUAAAUGUAUAUAGGUAUAAACCAUUAUAGAUAAAACACUACCAAAGGAGAAUCUGGCUGGCUGAUUAUGGUUAUUCAUCUCUAACCAAAACUUCUCAGGACUCGUUAGCCAAUUUUUUUUACAAAGUUGCAAUCUAAUGUUUUUUAAGCAAUACACUCUUUUAAGACAUCCACCUGCAAAGUUCUUGCUCCAUGCAGUUAUUAGGCCAAGUCGAACUUGCCAGUAGGGAGCUUUCCAUUGGCUUAAGUGAUAAAAGGUGGCUGAGAUCCCUGAGCUUCUUGAAUGGACUUUGAUGCCAAAGUCCAUGCCCUGUAUGAACAGCUUCAGAAAAAAAGGAAUGCACCUGGAACUAGUGCCAAUUUACCCACAGUCUUCUUACUUUUGUGAGUGUUGUGGGAUGGCAUACUGUCCUGUUUGUAAACAUUCACCCUCCCCCAGUGUUGGCUUCAUGUUGGGAAGGGCCCUUGAGCAAGAGAUCUUCCAUGGGUUCCUCCACCCUCCUCGGUCCCUCAGCAAAUGUCCCUUAUCACUGGAGCAGAACAAGGAGACUCUUGGCAGUAGAGGGCCUUGGACAGAUGCCCAGCCAUGCCAGUCCUCUCUGUCUUUUUGCUGUGUGCCCAAAACGUUUUCAGAUUACACAAAUUUAAUCAAAAGGCAUUUGAUUAAUAGUCAAUGGAAAAAUGAAACCUGUAUUUCAUUUCCACUUUUCUAGGGAGACUUCCAAAAGUUUAAAAUUCUUAAUACAGACAUCUGUAUCAAUUGUGAAAGAAAACUUGAGAUAUAUUGGACCUAGCAUUGAUUAGUUGCCGCAGCCUAUCCCUAAUACAUUUCUGAAUCGGUUUUGCAAUGUUGAGUUCAGCCUAUCAACAGAUCACAUUAGUCUUUAAUCCUCCUGGGAUAAUAUGCAGGACGAUAAGAGGUCUGUUCCACACAUUUCACUUUCCUACAUACAGAUAUAGCAUCCUUUUAGGAAAUUGCAUCAUAAUGUGCAGUGCCUGUUGCUAUUUUAUGCAUAGACAUUCUCUGUGAAGGCAAAUUACAGUGUGUGAAGUGACUCUUGAGUCACACUGGAAUUAAAUUAGCUUUAUUCUCGAGAGAAAGAAAGGUUGUAGUCACACUGCCUGACAUUGCUUUACUGCUAUGACCUUUACUGACCUUUGUCCAAACAUGUGGUAUACAUGUAGUUGGGCUGAAUGUUGGCAUGAAGCAUGCCAAAUGUUUUUGACCCUAAGGAGCAAAAUGAAGGCUUCUCCUCUGACAUAACUUGGGAGUCUCUUUCCACCCCUUCUUGUCUCUCUUUCUGUAAGCAGGCAUUGUUACAGGGUUGUAGGAACAAUGCUUUUUGGUAGCAGCUGGCUUUCUGGCACCUUUUUUUUAAUAAAAAAAUACCUCAGCAUAGCUUUAGUAUCAUUUGCAGAAUGGAAAAUCGGGAAAGAGAAACUUUAUAAAUAAUGGAAGUAAUUCUAACUGUAGAGUUUAGUUUUGAAGACCCUGACUUAUGCUGUAUGUAUUUGCAGUUCUGUAUUUAGGCUACAACUUUAUAGGGUAUGGGGUGGGGGAGGGGAGGAGAGAGAGUUAGCUGUGCUAGAAGGCAAAUGUUGCUUGCAACGUCUUUUUCUACUUUGUCAUUGGCUAUCGUUGUCAACACGCUACAUAACAGCAGACAUAACUGAGCUGCUGUAUUGCUUCCAGGGUCCUUCUAGGUGUGCAUGGCCUCUGCCUCCCUGCUUUCUUUCUAUUGGCAAACCAAGGGCCUUGGUGGGGAUGUAAAUAUUGAACAAGUUUAUGUGCUUGGAGGAGGGCAUACAAGGAGAUGAAUUAGCAACCCAUUUUAGUCCACGUAGUUGCACUAGGGCUGCAGGUGGGCCAAGACUUUUACAUUUGGAAAAGGAGGAGGUUAUUUGGGAGAACAAAGUGAAACAGUUCUUUUUAUCCCUGAUUGUCUUGUUAUUGAAUGUAGUAUGUGGUAAUUAAUUUAAUUUUCUAAUAGCAAUGCUAAUCCUGUCUAGACCAAAAAUAGCAGAAGAGAAACCAAACCAAAUGCUAACCUGCUCCUAGUACCUAAGUAUAGAGUACCUGAAAGAGAUAAGAUUCUGUGAGGCAGACUUCAGGAGAAAAGAGGAUAUAUUGGAUGUGGGUUUCUUUUUAUGGAAGGUUGAGUCAUUUUUCUCUCACAGGCACAUGGUUCAGAUUUUGGAUGGCAUUCUUGGGAGACUUCAUCUGCUUCCAUCCUGACUCUGAAGCAUCUCCUUUCUCUGAUUGCAGAAAAAUACAGAGUGUGUGUUUGUGUGGGGAAGUAUAUUUCUAGGGGUGGGAGAGGAAAACCUGAGCUUCAGCUGGAGGGGGAGAAUUUCCAAUGUUUUGAUAGGAACCAAAGGUAUACUGCUUAGUUUUUGGCAGCUCUGCUGUUUUCAGGAUGUCUUCGGCAAAAAAAUGUGUGGUCUUAGAGGUUUGGUUUGAUGACUCUUGACUUGGAGGAUCUCCUCAUGUGUUGGUUUUCCUACCUUCUUAAUGCACAGGGUUGGUUUGGAUACUUUUUCUGAGGACAUGCUGGAGGCAAGUUCUAUUCAGUACAACACCCAAGAUCACAAGCAACUGUUGGAUGUAGGGAAAACUUGGUUUUAUUCUUAAAAUAUCAAAACUGCAUUGUCCUCUUAAAUAUCAAAACUGCAUUGUCCUCUGUUUCACAUCAUUUCAGAAGUCCUGUGGGUUUUCAUAGUGGAAAACCUUGGAGACGUCUUUCUUUCCUCCCCGGAAUAGCUUUGGGCAUUGUCACAUUACAUGCUGUUGGCUUGAUGAAUUGCAUCAGUCAAGCCUGACGUGUUCAUGUAUGAAGCAAGGGAGAAGGUAAAUAUAUAUUAGUUGUCCAGCUAUUCUUCCUCUGGAAAUCAGCUGGGUUGCAGAACUUCCCUGGAAAGCUUUACUAAUAGACUUAUUGUUCUGACAUUAUGUAAAGUGGUAUUAAUAUUGUGUGACUUUUCUAAGAGCUAGGUAGAUUUAUAAGUAGGUAAUAGGGAAAUGGAAAAUGACUUCUCAAAGAUAAGAGCACUUGGAACAAAAGAUGUGGAAAACAAGGUGUGCUUUAAAAGAAAACAAAUCUGAGGAAGGAAAUGAAACAACCAGUUGGGAGAUGGGAUCAUGAGAGAAAGAUCCUUAGUAGUAUGAGGAAGGUUGGAAUGUCUCCCCUCUUCUGCCUUAUUUCUCUUUACCUCACUCAGGCGAAAAUAUGGGUUUAAUAGUUUGUUGUCGGCUCUUUCCCCAAACAUUUCUAAAACUCUGAUCUUUGUUCUCACCAAAAAUUCUCUCUUCACUUUUUACAAUGUAGAACCCAUCAAAAUAAAAGCCUUCCUGAAGUAUUUCUAGCAGAAAUGUCUUUAACCCACCAGGGGGCCAUAAGUGUAAAUGGUGAAUGUUUCUGGCAAGAGUACUACAGGAAUAGUGGUAAAUAUUAAGGAGUACAGAUCUGUGUCAAAUUAAUAUUUGCACAAUGCAAGCCACCCACCCUGGCCAACAGCCUUGGAACAAACACCUUUUGUCAGGGCUGGGGGGAAACUGUCACUUGUCCCACCUAAUCCAUGUUAGCACAUUGGCAUUUUUGAUCCAGUUUCUGUAUUUGAAUUUGAGGAAGAAGCCACAGCAGAUACCCAUAUACUGAUUGGUAGGUCACUUCCAUUUAUUUGAACCUCCCUGGAGGAAGAUAUAGGCUUUUCUCUAAAAUCCAGGAGAUAAGAGGUCAGGUGCAAGUGCAUUUGAGAGCAUCACGGGACUCCGGCCGUUUUGCGCUCCCCUGGUCCCACCGUGUCGCUGUUCCAUUUCCUUCUUCUGUGGUAGUGUCUAAGGCUAGGUGUGAGUAGGUGUCGGGUGUUUAUCCGCCACAGGUACGGGAGCUGUCGUAUACCUCAUUUCUAACUCAUAACUGAGUAACUUGCUUUAACUUUCUCCAAACCCUACAGAGUUGCCAAGACUGCCCUCCCUCCCUUGAUUAACAUGGAACUCUGGCUUAUAGCAUCCUGUGACCUGCAACCUGGGGGGGCGACCCCCUAAAGCCUCUGAAUGUCGCUGCUUAAAAGCUACUGCAAACUGAGGGCAAAUUGCAAUCUUCUAUUUCUUUUGGUUACCAGGGGUCCUCUCGUAGUCUGUGAAUAUCCAUCUCCACUCCCAAUCCGUGCAUGAAACCUCCAUGCUGCCUUCUCCCUCCCCCCUGGUGAGAUGUCAGGGCUAUAAUGUACUGCAGGGUCAAGGCAGGACCCUGACGGCUCCUCUCAGCCAAGUGCUGCAUGCAUAUUGCUCGCUACUUUUUAAUUUUGUUUCUCUCAUGCUCCUCCCAUAUUUAAUUUCCUUCGUUUAUUAUUUGACAAUCUUGUUCCUCCCCGUCCCCGCCUCUAGGCUAACCAGAAGCUGCAUCCCUGUCCCUUCUGCCAUUUUACUUUGAAUGUAGUUUUCCCACCCUUUGGAAAGAGAAGCUUUUCCAGGUCACGGUGCACUGCUAUAUGCCGAGGGGGGCGGUUUCUUUGUUUUGUUUUGUUCUUUUAGAAAUUUCCAGCCAAAACCAAAGAUUUCCUAAUGAUUGUAUAAACUCAAAACAGACAAACAAACAAACCAAAGACAAAAGGGGCGUCUUCAGCACCAAUCGUAUCUCUAAGAUGGCUCGGUCCCAUCCUGUGCUAACUUGCUUGGGAGAGCAGGUUCUGUUUGACCUCCACAAAUCCAAAGGCGCACAGCCGUUGGGAGGGAGAGUUCAGUGGGGGAAAGUGAUGGACUCCACAGAUUGGUUGUGAAGCUGAAGACAUUGGUGCAUGACUGGCGGCUCUGGUGGGUGCUUUUAACCCUUUGGGAGCUGGGUGAUAUUAAUACACGCUGAGGUGCACUUCUGAGCUCUCCCCCCCCCCCCCCGGCCACUGCUUGGAAGAGGCUGUCCUGUUGUGCAAAAUCUCUGAAAAAAAAUGUUUUGUUUUUCUUUCUCUCCCCCCCCACUUCUUUUUUGUUCUUUAAUUAUUUUUGCAGCACCACUGUGCAACUAUGCAUUGUAUUUCUCAACCUUUUGUGAUAGGUAGGUAGAUGCCUAUGACUUUUUAAACUUUGGGGGAGGGGGGUUGCCAAUGAAGGAACUUUUUACAUGGAUCUUUCAAAUCUCAGUUGAUUAGGGGGUGUUUGGUUCUAGGGUCAUACAAGCUCUAUCCCAAAGCAAAAUCCAAAUGUUAAUAAUAUUAGCCUGAUGCAGAUACCAAAGAUAAUUUCUUUCCUGCAGAACCUUAGACUUGUGUAUUAAGUACAAUUACCCAGCACUUGCAUUAGUCUAACCUCAGUAAUUCCAAAGCUUAGAUGUAUAUUUUGGUAUAUUUCUGGGAUAUUAAAAAUGUUGUUUAAAUUCUUGUUUGUUUCAGUGUAAUGCUCUUAAAGUCAUAGCAUGGAGAUAACUGAAUUGUCUUAUUCUUAGUAGUUUGAAAUAAUAGUAUUUUUGUAUGUUUUGGGUGUGUCAAUGUAUGUAUUAACACAACAGUUUUCACUGCCUAGGUGUUCAUAAUUGAGAAAAAGUGUACAUAAUCUGUGAUUUCCACCAGAUUGUCGAUUUAGAUUGCAUUUUCUCUGAUUGCCAUUCCCAACAGGGAGAUCUUUAUUCCUUUUUUUUUUAAAGAGACAGCAUGCUUAUAACAAUGAGAUUGUACUUUUGCCCUCCCAUAAAGGUCCAAUUCCCUGAAAACAUUGUCCUUUAAUUUUGAAAGGUGAGGCAAGACUCAAAAGUGUAGCAAUUGAAUAACUAAAAGCAUGGAUAUUGCUAUGCUAGGAAUUUAUGCUUUUUGUUUUUAAAGUGGGGGAGAGGCAUCUUGCCAACAAAGCUAUGGUUUGGGGAAAUUGAUUUAGAAAAUCCUGAGCUCUUCCUAUGGCAAAAAAGAGAGAUUUGUGUUGAUUACAGAGCUUCCCUGUUGUCAACCAUCAAGUUGGCUUAUUUCUUCCUCAGGCCUGCUAAUGUGGUCAAUUGUACAGCUUAAUUCACAUGAACACUUUGUAUCUAACUGUGAUAAAUAUAUUAAGAUACAAUGCAUUCUUGCCUAACUUUAAACUUGAGAACUGUAAGGCCCUAAUUUGAAACUGUGUGUGUCUCCAAAAUGGAGAUGAAAAGGAUGCUGUCUCUUUAAAUAUACCUUCUAUUUUUUCCCUAGUGGCUGCCUACAGGUGGCUGUGGGCAUUGAGAGAGACUGUGUAGAUUAUAGUGAAUCAGGAUGAAAAUGGUAGAUUUUGUGUAGAUGCAUUUGUCUGCUGUAAUUUUUAUAUAUAUAAAACUUACUGUAACUGUACAGUUCAUUUCUGUUGUAAACAUCAUUAAACCAUUUUUCCAAGUGUUUUAACAUGCA